AUGUUUGUUGUUAAAACUUUAGAACAGUGUAGUAAGUGUGUUGGUGUAGAAGGAUAGCAGUUAACGGUGUAAGGAAAACCCUUCAUUAAUUUCCUCUUUUCCCUCCAUUCCUCCGUUCCACAGCCUUCUCCACCACUCUGGUUGCAGUGAUGCUCCUCUUCUCCACAGGGAUCCAGUCAGCAGAACCUUCCGACAACCUUCAACCAACACAAUGGACACUCAGCCCAGACCUUGCAGAACCCACAAUCUCCACGCUGCCUGUAAAUGGUGAGUUAUAGGAUAGAAACAGCUACUCUGUGUCUUAGUUCUCCAAACUGCACGGCAUGUGAAAGGUUUAGUGUGAGUUUAAAGGCUGGGGGGGGGAGCACAGGUGCUUCUUGGAAAACAGGUAUCCUAAUCCUGAACAAACUGGAAGGACCUCUUUCGUUUUUUUUUCUUGGAAAUGGUUGCGCAUACUACAGAGUUUUACCAUCACAACAAAAGAGAGCCUUCCAGUUUGUUCAGGAUUCAGAUAGCCGUUUCUGCACCCCACACCCCACCUUGGCUAGACUGAAUGUAAGGGUUAAAGCUUCUGCUACAUGACGGGCUUGUGUUGUUAUUAUUUUCCCAAUUGGGACAAUAAAGAUCUGAUUGGUUGAUUGAUUGCAGGUAGUGAUAUGGAGGAACCUCGUGUUCUGAGGAUGUCAAGACCCUGUAAAGACGAGGAUUCUGACUACUGCCUGAAUGGACAGUGCAUGUACCCCCCUGACAGCGAUACCCCUGCCUGCACGUAAGACAACACACACACACACACACCAAUGGAGGCUCCUCAGAGGAGGAAGGGGAGGACCAUCCUCCUCAGUGAAUUUCACAAAAAUAAAAAAUUGUAAAACAUUAAAAAAGUUAUCCUUUUUAGAUAAAACUAUACCAAAUAUAUUCACGUCACCAAAUAAUUGAAGGUCUACAGUAGCCUCAACAGCACCCUGUAGGGCAGCACCAUGGUGUAGCCGGAGAACAGCUAGCUUCUGUCCUCCUCUGGGUACAUUGACUUCAAUACAAAUCCUAGGAGGCUCAUGGUUCUCACCCCCUUCCAUAGACUUACACAGUAAUUAUGACAACUUUCGGAGGACGUCCUCCAACCUAUCAGAGCUCUUGCAGCAUAAACUGACAUGUUGUCCACCCAACCAAAGGAUCAGAGAAUGAAUCUAGUACUGAAAGCAUAAGCAACAGAGAGAGAUUGUCAUUUUUUUUCACUUUCACAUACUUAGCUAACAAAUACAGCUAGCUAGUUUAGCCUACUGAAACACCUGGCUCAAACAGAGGGAUGCUAUGUUAGCUAGCUGGCUAUGACUAUCCAACACAACACUGGAACUCUUCCAAGUCAAGGUAAGCUUUUGGUUUUACAAAUGUAUUGCCACAGGGGACCGCUAAACUGCUUAGUGACCAUACAUUGUAAAGUUACUGCAUGAUUGUAGAGGGUUUAUUAACACAUUAGUUCUAUUAGCCAUGUUGACUAUGACGUUACUUUAGCUAACAUGGCUAAUAUAGUCCCGUGUAGCUCAGUUGGUAGAGCAUGGCGCUUGCAACGUCAGGGUUGUGGGUUCGAUGUCCACGGGGGACCAGUAUGAAAAAAAGAUGCAUGCACUCACUAAACUGUAAGUCGCUCUGGAUAAGAGCGUCUGCUAAAUGACUCAAAUGUAAACGAUGUAGCGGCAGGUGGCUUAGUGGGUAAGAGCGUUGUGCCAGUAACCGAAAGGUCGCUAGUUCUAAUCCCCGAGCCGACUAGGUGAAAAAUCUGUCAUGUGCCCUUGAGCAAGGCACUUAACCCUAAUUGCUCCUGUAAGUCGCUCUGGAUAAGAGCGUCUGGUAAAUGGUGUGUCUUGGAAAGUUUUUUUCGCCUGGUCACAUACAGCAGAUGUGUUGUUCAUUGAAGUCCACAAACGAAGGGAAAAGGUGGGAGGAGGAGAGCGCAUAGAUGCGAGAAGGAAUACAACGUGGCUGCUAUGAAAGUGAACUGUGUUUACGCGUGACCAGGGGUGUAUUCAUUCCGCCGAUUGUGUUGAAAAACUUUUCUUAAACAUACCUGACUUUGUCCAAUACAAACUCUCAUUUGCAACUGUUGGACUAAUGAUUACACCCUAUAUCAGCUAGAUGCAGGCAAGAGUGUACAAGGCGGUAUUGAAUGUGUCGCUGUCUGUCACCUCAACAUUUUCUCUCGACCUGUGUGCACCUACGUCGUAAUCUUUCAUUCAUAGGCCAGGAUGGGUAUAGGGAAAGUUUGAGUAUCAUGUAGUAGCCUAAACCUAUCGAUGUUACAUUGAACUGGGUGAAUGGAAUAUGAACGACAUUCAUCCAAUAUGCUGUAAUAGAAAUAAGGCCAUGCUCAUGAAAAAAAAGAAUCGUCCUCCCUCAUCUUAAACGGUACUAACCGCCACUGACACACACACACACACACACACACACACAAUAUAUAUUUACUUAAAAUUACCUGAGCCCGUCAACGCUCUCUCUCUGUGUGUAGGUGUGAUGCUUCCUAUAGCGGACCUCGCUGUGGUCUGUUGGUCUACCAUGUGACGCUGUGCAAGUUUGCAACAACAGAGGAGGUGAUUGCCAUCUGUGUGGGCGUGGCCAUGUUAGCGUGCUGCCUCGCUGGCUGUCUCUACUGCUGCAUCAAGAGAAGGUAA